AUGGCCCCAAGCAUCGCCGAAACCGACGUACUCGUCUUUGACAUCGAGGGCACCGUUUGUCCCAUUUCCUUUGUCAAGGACGUCCUGUUCCCAUAUGCUCUCGAGGUUCUUCCCAAGGUCCUUGAUCGGGAUUGGGAUAGUCCGGUCUUUUCUCCGUACCGCAAUGCCUUUCCGGAGGAGUACCGCGAUUCCCGCUCGGAGUUGGAGGCCCACGUCCGAGAUCUCGUCGCCCGCGAUGUCAAGAUCUCUUACCUAAAAUCUCUUCAAGGUCACCUCUGGCAGCAGGGCUAUGCAUCGGGAGAGAUUCGAGCUCCUUUGUUCUCCGACGUGGCUCCUUUCAUCAAGGCCGCCCAUGCCGCCGGAAAGAAGAUCAUCAUCUACUCGUCCGGCUCGGUUCCGGCACAGAAGCUCCUCUUCGGCCACACCAACGCCGAGCCCUCAGACCUGAAGCCCCUCAUCUCUGACUGGUUCGACACGGUCAAUGCGGGACCCAAGAUGGACGUGGCCAGCUACACGACGAUCCUCUCCAACUAUCCCGACAUCAGUCCGGAGAGGUGGCUGUUCCUGAGCGACAAUAUCCUCGAGGUCGACGCCGCCAUUGAGUCGGGUAUGCGCAGUUUCCCUGUUACCCGUCCUGGUAACGCGCCCUUGCCGCCGGACCACCUCUUGUCGCAAGUUGCCCUGUCCGAGUUUACUCUUGACUCAGCGUAG